UGUGUCGCUAUGCCUGAGCCAGUGAAGUCCGCCCCCGCCCCGAAGAAGGGCUCCAAGAAGGCCGUGACCAAAGCGCAGAAGAAGGACGGCAAGAAGCGCAAGCGCAGCCGCAAGGAGAGCUACUCGGUGUACGUGUACAAGGUGCUGAAGCAGGUCCACCCCGACACCGGCAUCUCUUCCAAGGCCAUGGGCAUCAUGAACUCGUUCGUCAACGACAUCUUCGAGCGCAUCGCGGGCGAGGCGUCGCGCCUGGCGCAUUACAACAAGCGCUCGACCGUCACGUCCCGGGAGAUCCAGACGGCCGUGCGCCUGCUGCUGCCCGGGGAGCUGGCCAAGCACGCCGUGUCCGAGGGCACCAAGGCCGUUACCAAGUACACCAGCUCCAAGUGAACGCUCUGACUGCAACCCCAAAGGCUCUUUUCAGACCCACCUACACUUUCACAGAGAAAAGUUGUACUCGCUUUUGUCGCGGAUGUGUGGACGUUUUAAGUCCCUUUUCUUUUUAGCGGCC